GCUUCGUACGGCGUUGCCAAGUCUCCGGAAGUGGAAGUGUAAGAGGCCGGGCCGACUUGGCUCUGGGUAGCGGGACUGUGCUCUGGGGCGAUAUUCCCAGGCGGGUCAUGAACGGACCAGCGGACGGCGAAGUGGACUACAAAAAGAAAUACAGGAAUCUGAAGCGGAAACUCAAGUUCCUCAUUUACGAACACGAGUGCUUCCAGGAGGAGCUCAGGAAGGCGCAGAGGAAAUUGCUGAAGGUUUCCCGGGACAAGAGUUUCCUUCUAGAUCGACUUCUGCAGUAUGAGAACGUGGAUGAAGAUUCUUCCGAUUCAGAUGCCACUGCAUCUUCAGAUAACAGUGAGACAGAGGGCACACCCAAGUUGUCUGACACACCAGCCCCCAAGAGGAAGAGAAGCCCUCCAAUGGGGGGUACCCCAUCCCCUUCCAGCCUCUCCUUGCCUCCUUCAACAGGAUUUCCCCUGCAGCCCUCUGGAGCUCCCUCCCCAUAUCUGAGCUCGCUGGCUUCUCCCCCUUACCCCCCAUUCCCUUCUGACUACCUGGCCCUGCAGCUGCCUGAGCCCAGCCCCCUGAGGCCCAAGCUGGAGAAACGGCCCCGCCUACCCCGGAAACUCAAGAGUGACCACUCUGGCCGCAGUGUGGAGGAGGAGCUGGAGCUGGGAGAGGCUGAAGGCAGGGAGUCCAGUUAGGAGGCUGGUACCUAGACCAGAUGGCUGUAGGACCCCCUGACUGCCCUGUGGGUGGGCCACUGGCCUUCCCUGCCAGGGGUUCUGGGGCCAGUGUUGGGGCAGCCCUGACCCCCCUGCCUCCUCCCAAGAUGCC